AUGGCCACCAAGCGACCCCACUCCGAUACUAUCGACGAAUCUCCGUCGAAGAAAAGGAGAAAGAGUAAGGAAGCACAGACUAGCGAAGCGCAGACUGCCGAAGCGCCUCGCCGUGACACCCAAGAACUGGGAUUCAAAAUGCCCCGCAAAGAACCUUUGGAGGAGCUUUAUCUCAAGGGGAAGCUCCUCGGCCAAGGUGGUUUUGGAGCUGUCUAUGCCGGAAGUCGGAAGAGCGAUGGCCUCCCAGUGGCCAUAAAGUAUGCCAGAAAGGGUGGCAUGCAGAUAGAAAUGGAAGCUGGUGAUCCACUGACAGGUAGCUGGUGGCACGCUGAGCUGGGAGAGUUUGGAGGAGAGGAGUUCAGGCACAAUGGUGUUGAACGCCGAACUAAAGUCCACAAACAGGAUCCUGGCGUAAGUUCCCGGGCGGUCGAGAUGUUAUGGGCUAACACCAGGCGUUCAAAGGAUUUCAUGACUACAGACGUCAAGGCAACAGUUGACGAGCCCAUCCCCAUGGAGGUGGCCAUAAUGACCCUCGUCAACCUUCCGACACCCUGCAAGAACGUGAUUAAGCUUAUCGACUGGUUUGUUGGGACCAAUGAAUAUAUUAUGGUUUUGGAAAGGCCGGACCCAUGCCUGGACCUCCACGAGUUCUGCAAUUCCAAAGGAGGAUUCCUAACUGAGGAAGAUGCUAAGCAUGUGCUGGUGCAGGUUCUCCGUGCUUUGCGUCACUGUCAGGAGGCUAACGUCCUGCAUCGAGACCUGAAGCCGGAGAACCUGUUAAUCAAAACAGACACUCUGGACGUCAUACUCAUUGAUUUUGGAUGUGGAGACGUCUGGAUGGAUGACUCCUACAGGGAAUUUGCAGGGACAAAUGCCUAUGCUCCCCCAGAGUGGUUCCGCAAACGGAAGUACCGAGCUGGCCCCGCCACGGUCUGGUCGGUGGGGGUCACGCUCUUUGAGCUGGUGUGCGGCUACCUCCCCUUCCGCAGGAAGAGGGCACUCGUUUCUGGCCACUAUAAAUUCCCACCAUGGGUCUCUCCAAACUGUCGUAAUCUAAUAAAACAGUGCCUUACUGUCAAAGUGGCAGAUAGGCUGAGGAUGGAGGAGAUCGAGCUCCAUCCCUGGCUGAAAUAA